GUAAAAAGGCCAAGGAUGAGGAUUCACACUACGCUGUAAAGCAAUGUGCUGCACCCUCCUUGACAACAUCUAAGGAACAUCCAGUCGAGCAAAAGAUAUCGCAACAAACUAAGGAUUCCUCGGCGCCUUUGCAGGCAGCCUCUAUGGAUCCUUUAACUAGAAUGCUCAGUGAAGCCAUGUCUAAAGCAAGAGUAUCGGAGGUCUCAGGGGUACCAUCACAACAUCAGGACCAGCAGUCGUCAGCUAAAAACGUAAUUACACAUUCAUCUUCUAGCGCGCAACAUGAAAUCAAGCCAAUGGCUACAGGAGGAACUGCAGGACAUUCUGAAGAAUCAUUGGAUAAAAAUGAAAUACCCUCGUUUCUUCUAGCAAUCAUAUCCAAGGAUGAAAGCAAGCCUUCUAAAUUCUUAGACGCGUCACUUUCCUCCCCAAAGCCUAAAUCCCAGGAUAUAGGCAAAGAUUCGACGCAAUCAUCAUUGCUUAGUUCAUUGACAGGAACCGGAAAGAAGUCGCCAACAUUGGACCGUAAUGCAAUUCGCCAGAGUGGUCCUCCUCUUUCCGCAGAACUUCUACCAGCAUCUGUCAUGCCUAAUGGUCUUUACUCCAAUACUACCAAGAUGUCUACAGGAGGCCAAGCAGGCCAUCAACAGCUAUCUAGUUCGCAUCCAUCUCCUGGGGCCAUUACAACUACAACUAUGUUAAACCGACCCAAUGGUGUGAUGUCGCAUCCAUCACCAUUACAGGGGCCGACGUUCGCAUAUUCCCCAGGCAUGAUGCCAUCACCUUUGGUGAUGCCUCCAAUGCAGGGUGGACCAAUGAUGCGUCCGCCACCGCCCCCUCCUCUUUCGUUCCAGCACCAUCCAGGUCACCCUAUGGGUAUACCUCCGCCACCACCCCCUCAGGCAGCACUAAAUUUCCCAGCAGAUGCUAUGCAUGCAGCCAUGGGUGCUGUUGGAUUCAUGCAGCAGCAACAGCGUGGAUUUAUGGGUCAAGAAUCAGAGGUACUAUCCAAGGCUGAAUUUACACAGCAAUUUCUGGGUUUGCUUCAAAACGAUCCUCAGUUUAUGGAUGUUCUCUAUUCCAACUAUACGGCUGUGCUUGCUCGACGUGGCUGAUUUACAACAAAUACAUAUAGAUUUUUAUAUUCUUCUUCUCUUCUAUUUCUUUUCUUUCUGAAUAAAAGCAAAAGAGAUGGAAUUUUCCUGAGUAACAAUUUUGAAGUGGCUCUUU